AAUUGAGUUUUGAUGCGCCUGCGCCUGCCUUCUUCGUUUAGCUUGCAGGAGCGGAGCGGAGCAGUAGUAAUUUGGGGGGAAAUCGCGUGCGAGGAAGGAAGGGAAUGAGAUGAUGGCGCAACCGUGCGUCUUCACAUCGGCAGCGUCUGCUUCUUCUUCUCUCAUCAGAUUCAACACCGCCUCCCCUAUACCCAGCUCUUGUUCCGAUACCACAACCCUCUCUCUCCCAUCCCACCACCGUUUUCUUUCCAGCAAAUUAAGAUAUAUACCUGUUGACCAAAGGAAUGCUCGGAAUUAUGCAGUGAAGAAGGGCCUCAAGUCCGUCUACUCGGGUGGCCUUUGGGAGUCCAACUGGAGUUCAUGCCAAGGGAUUUCGUCCAUUAGGGAUGAUUUACAAGUCCCAUCUUCACACCACUUCCAAGUCAAUAAUGUAUAUGGAGAAGAAGGGCCACCGCCAGUGGUCCAGGAGGGUUUACAGUUUGUUGCCAGUAAACUUUUUGAACAUAGGAUAAUACGUUGCGGUGGACCAGUUGAUGCUGAUAUGGCAAACUUUAUAGUUGCUCAGCUUCUCUAUCUUGAUGCUGUUGAUCCUAACAAGGAUAUUGUCAUGUAUGUGAACUCUCCAGGAGGAUCAGUUACAGCUGGUAUGGCCAUAUUUGACAUGAUGAGGCAUAUACGCCCGGAUGUUUCCACUGUAUGUGUCGGGCUCGCCGCUAGCAUGGGGGCUUUCCUACUUGCUGCUGGAACAAAAGGAAAAAGAUACAGUCUGCCAGACUCUAGGAUAAUGAUUCAGCAGCCUCUUAGCGGAGCUCAAGGUUUUGCGACUCAAAUAAAUAUUCAGGCAGAUGAAAUAGCGUUUCACAAGGCAAACCUUACCACCUAUCUGGCCCUUUUCUCUGGUCAAAACAUUGAUCAGGUCUACCGGGACACGGACAAGGAUAACUUCAUGAGUCCUAAAGAAGCAAAGGAGUAUGGGCUUAUAGAUGGUAUUAUCAUGAAUCCUCGCAAAGCUCUCCAACCUCUAGCAGCAUCAGCAGCUAGUGCAGGCCGAUAAAAAAUAUAUCAGCAGCUAGUGCAGAUCAGUAAUGGCAAUUAUGUGUGUAAACUUACCUCCCUGUGGUUCUUCUGUGUCAAAUUACUUGCUAGCUGUGCUGUAAUGGAAUUGAUCAUGAUCUUGUAUUCGUUCUCUCUUAGAUUGUGACUCAUGUCAAUUUCUGUACACAUAGAACAGUGAAUGAAAAUGCGUUUCCACCUUUUUCCA